GUUACACCCCACCGCCAACUCCUCCUUUCUUCCCCUUUUCUUCUUUUCCCUCACAAAAAAAAUCGCAAACAGUGAAAGGAGAGGGUUUUUUUUUCCUCUAAAUUCUUUUUUUCCUUUUUUGGUUGUAUUUUUAUCCGAUUUAAAUUACGGAUAUUAUUUUGGGUAAAUCUGCAUUUUUGUUGUUGUUCUUCUUCUUGUUCUUGGCAUGUGUGAAAAUGGAUGAGGGGAAUACGCCGGCGUUGCUCAAUCUGGUGAUGGAAGAAGAAGAAGAAGAAGAAGAGCUUACUGGCGGUGGUGGUGGUGGUGAGUUGACUCGAUCGAACUCCGCCGCUGAUUCUUCUAUGAGUGCUGAGAAUUCUGGAGAUGGUUUGCAUCCUAGUGUUAAACGACGACCGGAUAAUGGCUCUGCAUGGACAGAUGAAAUGCACAACAAAUUUCUUGAUUCCUUGGAGGCAUCCUUUGUUCAACAAUUGCACCGGUCCAGGGGUUUGCUCGCUUGGUGCAAAGCACAGAAUAGAGGUGGUAAAGACAUAACUCAAAGGGUUCCGGGUUGUGUUAAUAAGGCUUCAGGGCAGUUUGGCAAUUCAAGAGAUGAUGGAUGGAAGAAAGCGGUCUUUGAAAAGGAUCGUCCUCUUUCGUAUAAUGAUGCUAUUGAGAUUCCGUGGAUACAUUGUCAGGGACUUGCAGAAGGUUCAGGUCAGAAUUUUGUUGAUAAAGAUUGUGAAGAUCGCUCAAAUCUUUUUUCAUUGGCAAUGAGGUCGAAAACUGCUGUAGGAGAUGCUUGAAGUGGAGAUCAACAUGAUGCCUGAAUGUAGUUCCACCCGGCCCUACCUAACUCACCGACUAGAUGUCGUUACCACCUCAUCUCCAUAACUUCCUGCUGAAUAGAUGCUUCCUACGUGAAUGUCCCUCGUAUCUCGUGGUUUAUACAUUCUCAUAAGUUCUUUUGCAUUUUGGAUGGUAUUCAUUACUAACCUAACCUGAGUAGCACCAGUGGAUGAUGAAGAUUCACCAUAAUACUCUAAAAUCUUGCUUCACUUAGAGUGAGAUAUGUUGAUUUAGUGAGAAUGAUUAUUAUAUGAAGAUAUGAUUGUAGUGUGGAAUUGGAAGGCUGACUAGGUUAUUAUGAGUACAUAUACUUAAAAGGUCUAUGUAGCUUCAUGAAUGGGUAUUAGACUAUUAGACUAUUAGCUUCCGUUUCGAGAUGUAGAGAAGGAUGUAGAUGCAUAUCUUUAUAGCUGGUGGAAGCUUUGCGAUCUUAGGAAAUACGAAGACUGUAUUAGUUGAUUGUACUUUGUAUUCGUUUAUUCAAAGAUCUUCUCCAUCAUUCCUAAUAGGAUGUUGAGAAGCUUGUUUUGUUUGGUGUAACUUUUCUCUCUCUUUCCCUUUUUGUGGCUAACAUAGGAAC